AGAGAGAGAGAGAGAGAGAGAGAGCAUACCUACAGUACCAGUGUGUUGGCUGCAUUUCUUUCUCUCCCUCUCCUCUGAAUGCACUUCAUUGGUUUACUAGGGAUCCGAACAGUGCAGCCCCAGAAGAGAAGCCGAGCAGAGCUGGAAUAAACGACAGACGGGUCAUUGUUCAAAGCCAAUGAGUAAACAAAUCCAAUGAGUGAAAGUACAUCAUUUGUUCGACUCUUCGUGGGGAUCCUACUCAGUGCGACAGGUGUACAUGCCUCCUGUCCCAUUGAGUUGAGUCCCCCCAGUGUUGUGGUGAGAUAUGGAGACUCAGUCUCAGUCAACUGCAGCACAUCAGAGAGCCUGUAUGAAGGAAUGGGCUGGGAGGCUACGCAAGGAGGCACAGGUAUAACGAACGCCACCCAUCUGGUCUGGACUGUGGAGAACCUAACAGACUGGACCAUCUCUCCCAUAUGCUUCAUCAACUCAUUACAGAAUAGUAAAUUCCAACAGUGCUCUAAUAAACCAGAAGUUGUCCUUUACACAUUCCCAGAUAGCAUCAAUAUCCGCCCCAGCAGUGCCCAAGAUUAUGUGAUGAAUGAAGGGAAGAAAUAUAACUUCACAUGUGACAUCCACAAUAUAGCACCUGUUCAAAAUCUCACUGUAAUGUGGUACAAAGGAGGUGAGAUGGUCUAUGAAGACACUUUUGACAAUCCCCAUAAGGAACCAGUGGAUCAGUCAUCUGUCUUCAGCUUUACACCGUCCAGACAAGACAACGGAGUCACGUUCAGAUGCGAGGCACAUUUGGACCUGUGGCCAAAAGGUCCACAACUUAAUGCAUCUUCACAAGAGUAUAACAUUACAGUUUACUUUGGACCAGAUGUACAUUGUUCUUCUAUUUUACUGAACAAACUGGAGUUACUGGAAGGAGAAACAUUGGAGAGGCAAUGCAAUGUGACAGGACAUCCCCCCCCCGAUGUCACAUGGCUGAAAGAUGGACAGCCCACGGACCCGACCGUUCCUCUCAGCAGAAAGGAUACAGGCCUGUACACCAUUAAAGCUGAAGGCGCUAGGUUAAGCCAAAAGGAACUCCGGGUUCUUGUAUUGUAUGGACCCGAGUUAACGUGUCCAAACAAUUACACUGCAGUUGAGGGAGCUCCUUACAACCUCACCUGCAUUGUUGAGGGCUAUCCUAAACCUGAGAUCAUCUGGUCCAAAGAUGGUGAGGAGGUGGAACUUCCAGAGAACCUAACAAGAAGUGAUUCAGGGCAGUACUUGAUCACAGCUUCAAGCAAUCUGUCAAGUGUCAACCACACAGUCGAGAUUAAUGUCAUAUACCCACCAUCACAGAUAGUUGAGCUUGAAGACUCUGAAGUUGACAUUGGUUCCGCUGUGUGGCUGAAGUGCGUCUCCGUGGGCAACCCACGACCAAAAUAUUUCUGGAAUUAUUACCGGACUGCCAAUGUGAUAGAGGAAAAUGAAGAUGGAGUGUCCCGUCUGCACAUCCACAAUGCUACUAUAUACAACAUGGGCUCCUACACAUGUCAUGCCUCGAAUGACAGAGGAAAUGUCUCUAAAACAGCCAGAGUUACUGUAAAAGGUGCCGGGCAAGAAUGCCCCAUCAAAAUAACUCCAGAAAGGAUGGUGGUACAAUACCAAAGCAGAGGCCAGAACGCGACAUGCAAAGAAACCGACAGUCAUGUCAAAGAAAUAUACUGGCAGGGUGUCCAAAAUAAGAGCACAAUUUGGUCUGCUGACACCGAUAAAGACUGGGCCCCAAGGCCCGUUUGUAACGCAAUGCUUAAAUCAACAGAAACAUGCCGGAAAUAUUUAAACUUCACCCUCUACAAAACACCAGACAGCGUCUCCAUUGGACUUGUUAAUAACUUGAGCUCAGUGUUGGAGGAGAGAGAGUUGCAGCUGCAGUGUCACAUUACCAACGUUGCUCCUGCAGGAAACCUUGUUGUGCGGUGGUAUCGAGGGAAUGAAACCUUCGAGCCACUUAAUAAAGUGACUGGCUGCCUGCCUCAGAGCAACACAAACUGUGACAUCAGUGUUGUCCGAUCCCCGUUGAACGUGUCGUCUACCAUCAGCAUCACUCUGAACAGAAACCACAACGGAGCAGAGUUCAGAUGCGACGCUCUGUUGGAUCUUGGACCUGAGGGACCGCAGCCUCCUCCAAACAUGAUGUCCAGUCCUCUUAACAUCACCGUCAACUAUAAGCCCAGCAUUAAUACCACAAAGCUUCCAAAGACGAUCCCAGUGUUCAGAGGUUAUCCUGAGGAGCUUGUUUGUGAAGCUGACGGCCACCCACCUCCGGAAAUCCAGUGGCUCUACAGCUCAGACUUAGUGCCCCGUCUGUCUGGAAACACACUCACUGUGUUUGAAGCAGGCUUCUACAAUUGCAGCGCCACCAAUCAAGUUGAUUCCAUCUCUCAUGAGGUCCAAGUGAUUUUAAAAGAGGACUACCUUCCCCUAAUAGCUGGAUUUGUGGCUGUCACAGUAGUUGCCAUCUCCAUCUUCUUCCUCUUCAUCUACUCAAUCUACUACAAGAACACCAGGAUGCGCCGCUACAGUCUUAAAAACCCCAAACUCGACACCCACAGUGGCAAUGUAGCCCACAACGGCUGGGACAUGCAGUUUCCUAUGACCAAACUGUCUUAACAGUACAUUUGUGGAUAGCACAGAAUGGAUAGCUGACCACUCUGAAUGAGCUGCAUCUCUCUGCCACCAGAAACUACAGUGUUUGAAAACCUGAAUACCACUCAGCCAGCAGGCUCACACUGGACUGUUCACACCAUAGAAACAAUGUGGUUCAAUGAGUCAUCCUUACAUCCAUUUUCGCACAUAAAAUAGUAUUUUACCCUUCAAGGGAAAAUCUAAUUAUAAAAAUUAGCAACCUUUGCUUGAAAUGUAGGAUUUUAUAUUAACUACUGGAUUUUACCUGUUUUCACUGGACAGAAUAAAGAAGAGAAGGAGCAAGGACUCAAAUGUUUGGCACAGACUUUCCAGAAAAACUGUUUUUCAUGAGCACAAAGGGAAUUUUGAUAUGAUACUGAAUGUUUUUUUUUUUUUCUAACUUUGGAUUCAUUAAUGCUUUUUGUGUGUGUGUGUGUGUGUGUGUGUGUG